AAGAAAAGCCAAACCGGAUGUCCGGUUGUACCGGAAGCCCGGCUUGUCUCCUCUCCCAGAGAAAUGGCUGCUCUCGGUAACUCCGAAGCUUGAACCGGAGCCGGUGAUGUGUCACGGGGGACGUCGUCGUUGUCGAACCGAGGCCGGUGUCCGCAGUGUUUGUCGCCGCUGAGGUUUCAUGUCCGAGCUCCGUGCCCGCUGUCAGUGAAGUGAACGCCGCCUGUCACCGCGUGUUCAUGGGAAACAAAUAGCACCUGCAGCCCCCGAGAGAACCAGCAGCUAACCGACCGCUAACCCCGCGUAAAUGCCCGAGCGCGGCCCCAGGAUGAACGGCUUUUCUCUGGGCGAGCUGUGCUGGCUCUUCUGCUGUCCACCGUGUCCCAGCCGCAUCGCGGCCAAGCUGGCCUUCCUCCCCCCGGAGCCCACCUACUCGAUGCACAGCGAUGCUAACGGCGUGACGAGCUUGCAUCUGACCGAGCGGGCGGACUGGCAGUACUCCCAGCGGGAGCUCGACGCGGUCGAGGUGUUUAGCACCAGGAGCAGCCGAGGUAACCGGGUCGGGUGCAUGUUCGUGCGCUGCGCCCCGAACAGCCGCUACACGCUGCUGUUUUCCCACGGUAACGCCGUGGACCUGGGGCAGAUGUGCAGUUUCUACAUCGGCCUCGGCUCCAGGAUCAACUGCAACGUGUUCUCCUACGAUUACUCAGGCUACGGGGUCAGCACGGGCAAGCCCUCCGAGAAGAACCUGUAUGCGGACAUCGAGGCGGCCUGGCAGGUCCUGAGGAACAAGUGA